AUGGAGGACGCAACACAUGAGAGCCCUCGGUCCCCCACGACGGGUGCUCACCCCAUAGGAAAUUCGAAGUAUCUGGAGAAGAAUGUUGCUGAGUGGGCCGACAUACUUAACACUCAGCUAGAGACUGCAUCACCGCUCUUCUUAGCGGCGGGACCUUUGGUUGACGACAUUGUCAUGAAAUUACCGCGUCGAAAAGCAGCAGACCCUGCUGCUGCUGCAAUGGCCCAAUCGAUCGCCCGGCUGCAAUAUCCGCAUUACGACACCCCUGUUGGAUCGCUCAUACGGUACGAGACGGAUCUCAUGAAGCUGCGAAGGCUUGUCGUGGAGCAACGAAAACUUCACAUUAGCGAGGCGACGAAGCAGAAAGAGCUCGUUGACUGGCCGAAGCGGGUCAUGAAGCAGGGGGCUUGGGAUCCUGUCGCCGACUCGUGGUCACUCGUCGGCGCUCCAGCCAUCCCCAUGCCCGUAGAAAUUGCAGAGAAAGAGACCUUGAUACCCUUUUUCGAGCACCUCGCUUCCAACGGUACCGAUGCCAACUUGUCCACAACUAGUGCCUGCGCGAAUGCGACUGAAAUCGAGGAGCCCUACUACAACGUAAAAUGUCUUGAGUUCGAGCGGGGUGUGCUUUACUCCGACCGUCGUUUGGACCUUUGCAAAAUGGUCGUUGGCCCCACCCAUAUUGCGGACCUGAUGGCAAGCUUGAAGACCAAUCAGUUCGUCGAGCAUUUCUUGCUGGGAAAUAACAUCAUCGGACCACGGGGUGCCCGAUGCAUUUCCAACUUCAUGAAGGAUUCCCCGAAUCAGAUCAGCACUUGGUAUCUCGCUGGUAAUUGCAUUGACGCGAUCAGCUUCGGGAUGCUCGUCAAUCAAUGGGUCAGGUCGAAACGCGUCACCAAUAUCUGGCUCAAACGCAACCCGUUGAUGCCGGAAUCUGCCAAUGACAUCUUCCGAUUGAUUACAGAGACUAAAUACUUGCGCACUUUGGAUCUUGAUCAGACUCAGCUCGGUGAUGCUGGUGUCGCAACGCUGUUCGAGAGGCUUGCGGAGCACACGCCUGGAGGUCACACUUUUGAUAGUCUGCCACUCAAACACCUCUAUCUGAAUGCUUCCGGCAUCGGCAUCAAGGGUGCGACGGCGAUCGCAAAGUGGUUAGCACGGGAGCAUUGUCAACUCGACGCUCUCUACGUCAGUAACAAUCCACUGGGAAAUGACGGUGUUAUUGCCCUGGCCCAAGGCUUGAAGAAGAAUAAGACAUUGUCCCGAUUGACACUUCAGUCUGUUGGCAUGAGCGACGAUGGUGUGAUCGCUUUGUGUGCGGCGCUCAGCAAGAAUCCGACCAUCAAGACCUUGGACUUUGGUCAGAGUUUCGCAACACCGGAUCUGGGUUCCCGAUACAAUUGGAUCACCGACAGAUCCGCGGAUGCCAUUUGCGACCUCGGCAAGAUGUGCCCAAAUCUGGCAUAUCUGGACCUCCACUAUUGUGCCCUCACGCACAACGGUCUGAAUCACAUCCUUGAAGUAGUGGAAGACAGCCCCACGCUCGAAUACUUCUUCGCCAAGACCAUCCACCCACAAGAGAGAACCGCCGCUGCUGUAGAUGCCGGGAAAAAUCAUGCCCGUCUCAAGAAGCUGGCGCACGAAACCCUCGAGCGGAAUGUCCAGCGCAUCUACGGCGUCACCUACGCUACGUUUAUGGCUGAGCACAAACGCUGGCUUGUCAAUGACAAGGAUGCCGUGCGCAAAAUCGACUCGGUAUAUCGCAAUCGCGAUGCUGGGUUGGCGCGGCGUGGGCUGAAGAGGCUGGAUAAAUGGUGGGCGGAGGGCGACGAGACGUUGCAGGCGGUGUUGAAAGAAUACCACGACACGGCACCUGAGGAGGUGGAUUGA